AGAACCACUAGACCGAGCUUUUGACCACCCCCGCGCCGCACGAAUCCUUGGGCUGAGCUCCUCCGCCUGCUCCCUCGGCUCGGCUCGGCUCGGCUCGGCAAGGCUCCUCUUCCUCCACCUACUCCCCACACCCUUCCCCACUUCGCUCAGCCUCGGGAGGGCGCCGCCGACCGAGAGGCAGACGCGAGGGCGGGCCUGGUAAGGACGCCUUCGCUCUCGCCAGCUGUGGAGCCAUCAGGCGAUCGGGCUACGUAAGGCUCGGGACGGCCCGCGAUUGGUCGGCGCGAGGAUGUGGCGCGGCGCGGCGCGGCUGGCGUUGGUCCGAGCGCUUGGGGGCGGGGCCUGGGCCCCCGCCGGGGGGCGGGGCUGGGGCGCGUCCCAGUCGCUCUUGAGCAGCCGCGGCGGUUUCGGGGUUGAGGCCGCCCGCUCCUUGUUCAGUUGCGAGUUUGGCGGAGCGGAGUCGCAGCGCCAGACCCUCGGCGGGAGCGCAGGCUUCUUGGGAAGGAUUAAACAGAUUGCAACAAUGCCAGAAAUAAACACUGACAAUCUUGAUAAGCAGCAAGUUCAGCUCCUUGCAGAGAUGUGCAUUCUUAUUGAUGAAAAUGAUAAUAAGAUUGGUGCAGAGACUAAAAAGAAUUGCCACCUGAAUGAAAACAUCGAUAAAGGAUUAUUACAUAGAGCUUUUAGUGUCUUCUUAUUUAAUACUGAAAACAAGCUAUUACUGCAACAGAGAUCAGAUGCUAAAAUUACUUUUCCAGGCUGUUUUACAAACACUUGUUGUAGCCAUCCACUAAGCAACCCAGUAGAACUGGAAGAAAAUAAUGCCAUUGGAGUAAGGCGGGCAGCUCAGAGACGUUUAAAUGCUGAACUAGGAAUCCCUAUGGAACAGGUCCCUCCAGAAGAUAUAUCCUAUCUAACACGAAUCCACUACAAGGCACAAUCUGAUGGGAUUUGGGGAGAACAUGAAAUUGAUUAUAUCUUGUUUGUGAGGAAGAACGUAACCUUAGAUCCAGAUCCUAAUGAGAUUAAAAGCUAUUGUUAUGUGACCCAAAAAGAACUAGAAGAACUCUUGGGAAAAGCAGCUAAUGGUGAAAUUAAGAUUACACCCUGGUUCAAAAUCAUUGCCGAGACUUUUCUUUUUAAAUGGUGGGAUAACUUGAAUCACUUGAAUAGAUUUGUUGAACAUGAGAAAAUUCAUAGAAUGUAAAAAUGUGGGUCUAUAAAACUCCACAUUAAAGUCAUUUUAAAAUCACCUUGUUCUCUUUUAUGAGGACUGUCAUAGUUGAUAUGCUGUUCAAAUAUAUAGAAAGACCACUGACCAGGUGAAUUGUAUGUCUUAGGUGUACACAUGGCCGAAAGGUGUAUACAUGUGGAAGAUUUUUUAUUUAAAAACUACACAUGCCUGUAGACACACUCACAGUUUUGCUAGAUUAAAUUCUUUUAACGUGUGCCUAAAAAACUAUUUGUGGCAAAUUUACACAAAUUAAGUUUUAAUAUGAUUGAGACAGAUUUUCAGUAUCUUGGUUUCUAUUAUGGUUCACAUAGAAGUAUUUGUGUAAAGGAGGAAUAUGUUUGCUUCUAAAAUAUUGAUUCCCUUCUUACAUGCUUGGCUGUAAUAAUUUCAGUGUAACUGUAUUAAACUAGUACAGAAGAUUCUAAGGAAAUGACGAUGUCUCAGAGCUAUGGUUUCUUUAACCUCUAUUCUGAGUGAAAAUGGGGGUUAGUCAUUUUGGAAAUGGGUCUUUUAAAAAAAGGAAGAAAAGAAAGUAGUUUUAAGUUUUACAACUGCUCUUUGUAUAAAUACUUGAAUUCAAACGCACUAUUCUAGGGAGAAAUAACAGGACAAAACCUUUUUUAAAACGUUUCUCAGCUAGGUAGAUUUUUCAUAGCAAAGUUUUCAAAAUCAAAAUGACUGCAACUAUUUAUGAACUAGAAAUGUGGAUCAGAAAACGUAGAGAGCAUGACUUGAAGAGAACAAAGCUUGACAUGUAUUUUAAGAUAGUAUAGAGUAAGACGUUGUGUGAACUAGCCUGACCCAAGUGAAUUUAGGUUAUUGAAGUAAUAAGAUAUUGCAGUUUAAAAUUUUACCUUCUGGUUUCCUUGAAUACCAUUUGAAACUUUGGGACAUUUUUAACCAAUGUUAAUUGUUAACCAUAAAAGUUAGUCUAACAAAAGAUGAAGAGAAAAUUUUAAAUUUGCUUCCUAAACCUGUGAUACACAGUGGGAGUGGGGGAGGGAGAAUCAUAUGUCCUUAAACUUUAACAUGUAUUUAUUUAUAGUUUCUAAAUGAUUAUAUUGAACCUUUUUUGUCCUGCUAAUCUGUAUACAGCAUGACUUAGAAUGGAUUUAUUUUACUAAACAAAGUAUAGAAAUCAAUAAAGGAAUUUUCACAUUCUUUAAACUUU